AUGGACUAUAAGUCGCCUACCUUUGAGGGAGGCGAAAGUGCUAUGGCAUGCCUUCGUUGGAUUAGAAAGAUGGACCAAACAUUCCGAUCUGAUGAAUUUACUAAGGAGCAGAAGGUGAAUUAUGCAGUGCGAACGUUUGACAAGGAAGCACUCGAGUGGUGGGACACUAAUAACGCACGACCCAAUGAAGUCACUCGGAGGGCUAUGACUUGGGAAAUUCUUAGUAGCAUGAUGAUUUCUAAGUAUGACACCACCUUUACUAAGAAGUCACAGUUCGCUACUGAUUACUUCCCGACUGAGGAGAAGUUUAUUCGUCACUAUGUGGAGGGGUUACCAUUUGAGUACCGUGCAGUUAUGAGAUUGAAGAACACUUUGGUCGAGACCAUGGAUGAGGCCCACAAGAUAGAGAAUGAUAUAGCUAUUCGGGAUCAUACCACAUCGAGGUCUGGGGAAAAACGCAAAUGGGAGGGUCAAUCGGGGUCCCCUGAGAAGCAGAAAUUUCAAAAGAAUGGUGCAAAAUUAACAUUUUAUUGUAAGAGUAUUGAACCUGUGUGCUACAACUAUCGCCAAAUGGGACAUAUCAGUACGCAAUGUCCCAACCCCAAGGUCCAGAUGGGAGCUGAUGAGAAGAAAGAUGAAGCGCCAAAGGUGAAAGCUCGUGCUUUCAAUAUGAAAACUGAUGAGGUGAUUUUUGGGAACCCUCCUAGUUAA